CGCGGCGCUGACGUCGCCGAGGGGCCGGGGCGAGGAGGCUGCGGCUCGGGGCGGGCAAGAUGGCGGCAGCGGCGGGUGACGGUUGCAGAUGGAAAUGUCACGGGCAGAAAAUAGUUUGGACGAUGUAUUUUGCUAGUGUAUCUCUGCAGUUUCAGUUCUAACAAUGGAUAAGUGUAAGCACAUAGGACGCCUGCGACUGGCCCAAGAUCACUCCAUUCUGAAUCCACAGAAAUGGCAUUGCGUGGACUGCAAUACGACCGAGUCUGUAUGGGCAUGCCUCAGCUGCUCACACGUGGCGUGUGGGAGAUACAUUGAAGAACAUGCACUAAAGCACUUUCAGGAGAACGGUCACCCGGUGGCAUUGGAAGUAAAUGAGCUGUAUGUUUUCUGCUAUCUCUGUGAUGAUUAUGUUCUUAAUGAUAAUGCAACUGGUGAUAUAAAACUGUUGCGAAGUACAUUAAGUGCAAUCAAGAGUCAAAAGUAUGAGUGUACUACUCGUAGUGGGAGGACUUUGCGUUCUAUGGGUGCCAGUGAUGAUUCUUACCUUUCACACGACGGUGCCCAGGCCUUGCUUCGCAAUCAAGACCGCAUGUUCACAGCACUGUGGCACAGAAGGCGUGCGUUCAUGGGCAAAAUAUUCAGGUCGUGGUUCCAGCUGACACCUAGCGGAAAAAAGAUUUUGGAAGAAGAGAAGCGUUUGGAAGAAGAGGAGGAAAGGAGGAACAAAGCUAGAAAGAGAAGACAAGAACGAAAGCGCCAGUUGAAGGAAGAGAUGGAAAAGAUGCCUCCAAGAAAGAGCUGCCGUUUACAAAACCAGAUGAGAAUGUCCUCACAAACAGCAUCCAUCGUGCAAAAGACAUCACAGAGCAUGGAAUCUGUGUCAGAGUUGAAAGAAACGUAUACCUCAGAUGAAGUAAGAUUGAAAAAAAUAGGUGACUCUCCAAUUAAACGAAGGCCCACCGUGACUCCAGGGGUAACAGGACUGAGGAACCUGGGAAACACGUGCUAUAUGAAUUCUAUCCUGCAGGUAUUAAGUCACUUACUUAUUUUUCGAGAAUGCUUCUUAAAGCUUGAUCUCAACCAAACUCAGGAACUGCUGGCAACAGCAGCCAGUGGUAAAACCAGGUCUUCAUCCAGACGCUCGUCAAUAACUGCUUCAACAUUACAAGUGAAUGAGAACCAAGAGAAAGGAAGGGGAUCAUCUUCUGUGAGACGAUCUAAUUUAUCCUCUGGAUUAAGUGGAGGAGCAUCAAAAAGUAGAAAUAUGGAACUCAUUCAGCCCAGGGAGCCCAGUUCAAAGCAUAUUUCUCUUUGUCACGAGCUGCAUACUCUGUUUCAAGUGAUGUGGUCUGGCAAAUGGGCGCUGGUGUCUCCUUUUGCCAUGCUUCAUUCUGUCUGGAGACUAAUUCCAGCCUUCAGAGGAUAUGCCCAACAAGAUGCUCAGGAAUUCCUUUGUGAACUUUUGGAUAAAGUGCAGCAGGAACUGGAGACUACGGGGACCAGAUACCCAGCUCUCAUCCCUGCUGCUCAAAGAAAACUUAUAAAACAGGUUUUGAAUGUGGUGAACAACAUUUUUCAUGGACAGCUAUUAAGUCAGGUUACGUGCCUUGCCUGUGACAAUAAAUCAAACACCAUAGAACCUUUCUGGGACCUGUCACUGGAGUUCCCUGAGAGGUAUCACUGCAAUGGCAAGGAGAUGGCAUCGCAGUAUCCCUGUCCGCUGACAGAAAUGCUGGCCAAGUUUACAGAAACUGAAGCUUUGGAAGGAAAGAUAUAUGCGUGUGAUCAGUGCAACACAAAACGCAGGAAGUUUUCUUCUAAACCAGUUAUACUCACAGAAGCUCAGAAGCAGCUUAUGGUGUGUCGACUACCUCAGGUUCUCCGAUUACACCUGAAGAGGUUUAGGUGGUCAGGACGCAAUCAUCGUGAAAAGAUCGGCGUGCAUGUUAAUUUUGAUCAAAUACUGAACAUGGAGCCUUACUGCUGCAGAGAAUCCCUCAAGUCUCUCCUACCCGACUGCUUUAUCUACGACUUGUCUGCUGUAGUAAUGCAUCAUGGGAAAGGAUUUGGCUCAGGGCACUACACUGCCUACUGCUACAAUUCAGAAGGAGGAUUUUGGGUACACUGCAAUGAUUCAAAACUCAACAUGUGCACUAUGGAAGAAGUAUGCAAGGCUCAAGCCUACAUUUUGUUUUACAGCCAACGACUUUCUCAGGCAAAUGGACUUGGUAAAAUAUGUCCUAGCACAUCUGAAAGUCAGCAGCACACAGAGUUAGCUGACUGUUCUGUGGACAACAGUAGCAGCUAAUCCAAAGGCAAUUAACUGUGUGUAUGGUAAAGUUUGAAUCGUCGUAACUAUAUAUUUUUAAAUGAAAUGCAAGUACAGUGUUGUACUUUUUGACUUUGAAUCUGUUGUACAAUGUUUAUAUACUUUUGUAUUAGGUAAAGUGCUCUUUACGAUUGUUAGUGAAAGUUUUUAUUGACAGUAAGUAACUUUCUAAGUACUUAGAAUUUCAAUACAGUUAUUUUUUUAAGAAAAAGAUUGCCAUUUGCAUUUAACUCUUACCUCAGGCUGUUUUUUAAGCUGUUUUUGUAUUUUGAUAAUCUUUGGUUUAGAAUAAUGACUUUCAAUGGAAAACUGAUGUUUCUGUGGUUAAUUUUCUAUAUAUGCCUGUGUACAUUUUAUAGUAUAGUUCUAAUGAUAUCAUGACUCUUACUUUCUGCAGGAAUCGCUACUAGGUCUUAGAAUAUUAACAUUCACCAGCAAGGAAUGUUCUACAUGUUGAAUAGUAACUGAACUUUUAAUAAGAAACUUUUUGUAUGCCUGACUAAAGUGAAAUUUGUUUGAACUCUUCUCCCCACACCUUCAAGGGAGCUAUGCUAAAAGUUAUAGAAUCACAGAAUGGCUUGGGGGGAAAGGACAGUAAAGCUUAUCUAGUUCCAACCCUCUGCCAUGGGCAAGGCUGCCACCUACCAGCUCAGGCUGCUCAGGCUCCCAGUCUAAUCUGGCCUUGAAUGCCUCCAGGGAUGGGGUGUCCACAGCACCUCUAGCUCACCUGUUCAGUGCCCCAUCACCCUCUUCAGUGGAAAUUUCCCCCCUAACUUCCACCCUAAAUAACCCCUCUUCUAGUUUAAAGCCAUUUACCCUCAUGCUAUCACACUGUUGUCUAAAAGGUCGGUCCCCCUCUCCUAUUUGUAAGCAGCUUUUGAGUACUCGAAGGCCACAAUAAGGUCUCCUCAGAGCCUUCUGUUCUCCAGGCUGAACAAGUGCAGCUCCCUCAGCCUUUCCUCAUAGCAGAGGUGUUCCAACAGUUCCCUAUCCUCCUUGUGCUGGGGCCCCAGGCCUGGAUGCAGUACUCCAGAUGAGUUUCAUGAAGGCAGAGUAGAGGAGGAAAGGACCCUCGCUC